AUGGCCUCUGCAAAUGGAGUCGCCGACAGCACGGCCAGUCUCUCCGCGCGAAACACGGUUGCGUCGCGACGAAGAAAGAGUCUCAACGACACCUCGACGGAAGAUACGAGCUUGACAGCAGCAUUGUUCAAUGGCGCCAACGGCAAACAUGACAAAAGGACGCCAACAAGGGGCACAAGUCGCAGGAACGUGCCCUCACUUCUCCGCCGCUGCAUUCACACCGCGACAACCCGCACCUGGCUGAUGCCUCUCGCCCUCCUCGCCGUCUUUCUCGCAAUAUAUGCCGUCGAUCCCGCCGAGUCCAACAUUGUCCGCCCCUUCAUCUUUCUGUCGUACAAGCAACAGCCUGUUGGGUCCGACGUAACCCAGCCCACGCAAUACGGCAAGGGCAAGCACGACAUCACACUUGUUUGCUUCUACAUGAUCGUCCUGUCGUUCACGCGCGAGUUCUUCAUGCAAGAACUGUUCCGCCCGUUGGGCCGCCUCUUGGGCAUUCGAUCUCGUGGCAAGCAGCUCCGUUUCAUGGAGCAAAUGUACACAGCGUUGUACUUUGCCUUCAUGGCUCCAUUCGGUGUCCACGUCAUGCGACAGACGCCAGUGUGGUAUUUCAACACGCGAGGCAUGUACCAAGACUUUCCUCACAAAACUCACAAAGCCUGCUUCAAGUUUUACUACCUGUUUCAGGCGGCGUAUUGGGCACAGCAAGCGAUUGUCAUGUUGCUGGGACUAGAGAAGCCACGGAAAGAUUUCAAGGAGCUCAUUGCACAUCACAUUGUCACCAUUGGCUUGAUUGCUCUCAGCUACCGCUUUCAUUUUACGUACAUGGGCAUCGCGGUGUACCUGACUCAUGACAUCAGCGACUUUUUCUUCGCGGCAAGUGGCGGCUCCCCUCGCCCGUAUGAUGGGCCCUUGGUUUCCAAAUCUCUCCAUUACAUUGAUAGUCCCAUUGUUGGGCCGUUCUUUUGCAUGUCGAUAGGCAUCUGGGCAUAUCUACGUCAUUACCAGAACCUCAGAAUCCUGUACUCGCUGCUGGGCGAAUUUCGGACCGUUGGCCCGUAUGUUCUCAACUGGGAAACGCAGCAGUACAAGUGCUGGAUCUCCAACGUUAUUGCGUUUGCCCUGCUGGCUUUCCUCCAGGCACUCAACUUGUUCUGGCUGGUUUGCCUCUUGCGGAUCGGGUACCGCUACAUUGUUCACAGCAUUGCUCAAGAUGACAGAUCGGAGGCGGAGGAGUCAGAGGCGGAGAUGGCGUGUGGCCAUUCAGACGGCAGUGCCAACGGCUUCGCAAAGACGAGGCGCUAA